UUCUCUCUCUCUCUCUCUCUCUCCAGUGGUUGUGGAUAAAGGAGCAAAGACAAAAACAGCUGAGGAGGUUGGUCUCUGUAGAGAGCAAGAGAGAAAUGGCAACCCUAUCAUUAUCUUGUUUAGCACUCCCUUCGAAACUCAGAAAUCUUUCACUAAUUGGCCCUUCUUCAAAUCAGUCAAGUACAUUCAAAUCACUCGGUUUCUCAACUAACCUCUCACACAAUUAUCUCUUCUCCAAUGGAAAUUUGUCAAUGAGGACAACAGAAAGGCCAAGUCGGCAUUUAAGUGUAGUGUGUGAGGCGGCUCCAACUAAGAAAGCAGACUCAGCUGCAAAGAGGGCUCGUCAAGCUGAGAAAAGGCGCAUCUACAACAAAUCCCGCAAAUCUGAAAUCAAGACCCGUAUGAAGAAGGUUCUGGAAGCUCUUGAUGUGCUCAAGAAGAAAACUGAUGCAGCAUCUGAAGAAAUUGUUCCAGUUGAGAAACUAAUUGCAGAGGCAUAUUCAGUUAUAGACAAGGCAGUGAGAGUGGGAACAUUGCACAGGAACACUGGAGCACGCAGGAAGUCUCGGCUUGCCCGGAGAAAGAAGGCUGUGGAGAUCCACCAUGGCUGGUAUACUCCGGCUGCCACUGUCAAUGCAGUGUAGAAUCCCCUGCAGGCUGUGAAAAAUUAUGUAAUCCUAUAUUAAAGUUCCUUAUUCAGAGUUAUAUGAAUCCUAUCAUUCAAAAUUUUGAGGAUUCUGAGUACUUGUAGUUGUCGAUUAGUUUAUAGCUUCGUUUUUUAUUUUUUGUUGUUGCAAAAUCUGUUAGCUUCUUGUAAUCUAUAACCUCUGAGCUUGACAGUGUAUUGCUUAAUCUUGUUGAUAUGGAUUCAUUGUUUUUAUCCAA